UUCAGUGUUAUUUUUUCUUACUGUUAUUCAGGCACCAUGUAAAAAUAAAUUUAACAAGGAACUGUAAAACUGCAUAAAGUCUUCAAAACAAAGACUGCUACAAGAAAUGUUGUGCUAGUCAGAGAUUGAAACUGAACACAAACUGCAUAAUGAAAUCUGCUAUUUUUUAGUUAGGUGGGAGGAGACUGACUUUUGUAGUCAGUCGUUGAAAUUAGUUAUACCUUCAGGGUGGUUGGCACUGAGGGAGAACUGUUUUUGCAGAAGGUACAACAGCUGGUACUUUUGGUUUCUGUCAUCUGUGAGAAGUUGAACUGCAAAGAUUUAAAUAACAGGAAAAGUGAUACACAUGCAGCUGAAACAAGAAACUACAGGAAGCUGCUAGAUCAUGGCAAAUACACAAUGAUGUGAUAAAGGAACAAGCAGAAAGGAGGCCGAAUUAGUUGUUAAAAGGAAGACUGCUGUGCUGUAUAUGAUGCUGAGUUGAAGCAUGGUGUCCUGGUAAGGCAGGGAGCUUGUGCCCUUCCUUCUUUUCUCUACUAGUGAACAAUGUACUCCCCACAGAGGAGAGAUUUUGUGUCAGUUACCUUGAGCCCCAACGAUGGCCAGGUCUACAACAACAGCAAGACAUUAAGAAAGCAGUCCUUUUGGAGGAAAUGGAAGCAAUUACCAAGAUUACAACGCAGCCUAAUUCUGUUUUUCUCCGUCUUCAUGCUGAUCUGUGGAAUUAUCGCUUACUUGAACUUGGCAGAGCAGUGGAUGACUUUUACAGAGCCAUCCAUUGCAAGGCAGUGGGAGCAUUCAUAUAGCAUACAGAAACUUGCCAACCCAGCUGUGAUACCUGCUCCAAAGCAAGAGGAUGACUCUCAUCAACAUGGUCUUCCAGAACCACCCCCUCAGGAUCUUGGGAGGCGGUUUCCUAACAAGCGUGGUCCACCACUUUUAGAGAAUCGUCGACAGAAGGAGAAUGUUAUUGAACCAAAAGUAGAGCUUGGAGAUGAUAAAUUGCAUGAGGCAGGAAAGUCCAUUAUAAGUUUGCGGGGAGCUAUGAUGGAGUCUGAACACAACACUGAUCCUCUACCAGGCAUAUUACAAAAGCCAACAAAUCCUGUAGCUAAAGUUGAAAUUGAGCAAAAACAGGGAACAGGUGUGAACAGUGAGCGGAAAAAGGCAGUGAUAGAAGCAUUCCAGCAUGCAUGGAAAGGAUAUCGGGAGUUUGCUUGGGGUCAUGAUGAACUGAAACCCAUCUCCAAGUCAUUUGCUGAGUGGUUUGGUCUUGGGUUAACUAUAAUUGAUGCAUUAGAUACUCUGUGGAUACUUGGACUUAAAGAAGAAUUUGAGGAAGCUAAGAAGUGGGUGGCAAAUGAGUUGUCAUUUGAAAAAAAUGUGGAUGUGAACUUGUUUGAGAGCACCAUCCGUAUCCUGGGAGGACUCCUCAGUACUUACCAUCUAACAGGAGACAGCAUAUUCCUUGAGAAAGCAAAAGACCUAGGAAACAGGCUAAUGCCUGCUUUCAACACUCUCUCUCAUGUACCAUUCUCUGAUGUAAACAUUGGGAGAGGUGUUGCCCACCCACCUCGCUGGACGUCUGAUAGCACAGUUGCAGAAGUAACAAGCAUCCAGUUGGAGUUCCGGGAGCUAAGUCGGCUUACUGGAGAUGACAAAUUCAAGAAUGCAGUGGACAGUGUUAUGAAACAUGUACAUGAACUUGGAGGGAAGCAUGAAGGAUUAGUUCCUAUGUUCAUCAAUACUAACAGUGGACAGUUCAGUCACCUUGGGGUCUUCACACUUGGUGCAAGAGCUGACAGCUACUAUGAAUAUCUUCUCAAACAGUGGAUCCAAGGAGGCAAGAAAGAAACAAACUUGGUAGAAGAUUACAUAUCAGCCAUCGAAGGUGUCAAGAAGAACCUGAUUCGUAAAUCUGAACCUAAAAAGCUUACUUUUGUGGGUGAACUUUCUCAUGGCCACUUCAGCCCAAAGAUGGAUCAUUUGGUCUGCUUUUUGCCAGGGACACUCUCUCUGGGUGCUCACCACGGACUUUCUCCUGAACACAUGGAGUUGGCAAAAGCCCUCAUGGAGACUUGCUACCAAAUGUAUGUUCAGAUGGAAACAGGACUGAGCCCAGAGAUCGUUCACUUUAAUCUGUAUCCUCAGCAAAGCAAAGAUGUUGAAGUCAAGCCAGCAGACAGGCACAACCUUUUGAGGCCCGAGACUGUGGAAAGCCUAUUCUACUUGUACCGUUUCACCAAGGACAGGAAGUACCAGGACUGGGGCUGGGAAAUCUUGAAGAAUUUUAAUAAAUACACACUGGUUCCUUCUGGAGGGUAUACAUCUAUCAAUAAUGUUCAGAACCCCAACAACCCUGAUCCAAGGGACAAAAUGGAAAGCUUCUUUCUUGGCGAGACUCUCAAAUAUUUCUUCCUUCUUUUCUCUGAAGACUUUGAUCUAAUCAAUCUGGACAAAUAUGUUUUCAACACAGAAGCACAUCCUCUUCCGGUGUGGACUUAAGAUAUUCAUAAUGGCUUCAAGACUUGGCCAUUUAGUUGCUCUGGGGAAAUGGUUUGAGCAACUUCAUUUUUUUCAGGUUUUUGAAUCAGGGCUAUGAAGAACACAUGGUUUCUUCAGGAAAGCGUUUUAGGGCUUCAGUGACUUAGACUACUCUAAAACUCUUGCAGCAUGUUACUGAGAGGAAGGGAUAAGUGCAUUUAAAAAUAAAUUACCUGAAUUGAACAAAGACAUGUCCACAUAGCUGUACCAAAUAUGAACAAUCCUUUUAGCUCUGUGAGUGUUCAGACAUGAGGCCCACUGGCAUUUCUCUCUUAAAUUUUUACCAGGGUUCCUGUUCACCUCUAAUGGAAUUCAUCAUAGCUGUGCUGGUGCUGGCACUGGCACUCACAGAUUGCAUGACAGGCAAACUAACAGCAGCGGGCAUGCUGACUGUCAUAUGGACUGUUGUUGGCAUUCCGUCUGUGGUCAGGUAAUGUCUGGGACAAGUGGAAAAAUCAGGGCAAAUAGUGCUUUCUUUUUUUUUCUUUUUAACCACUUGUCCUAUUUUACAGUUUACUUCAUUUGUUAAAUUAGUACUGCGGUGGUAGUGCUGCGGUAGCGUUGUCGCCUCACAGUUAGACGUUGCCCUUUCGAUUCUCAGUUAGAGCGUCUCCUGUGUGGCGACAUGAGUGAAUGGGCGUUCCUUC